UACGGGACAUGCCCGUUCUGUCACAGAGAGAAGAGACAAAACAACACGUGUUGAGACCAGUAAUGGGUCCAAACCUCGAGAAACUUCCCCCGAACCACCCUCCUCCUUCCACUUCUGGAGUUUCUGGGCAUUAUUGAGAAGCUGAGACGACAAAGAAACAAGAUAGGCCCGCACACACGCAUCGAAAUGACCAUUUUGGGCCCGUCCAUCUCCGCCCUUUUAAGCUCCCGGCAGAACAGUGAAAUGCUCUAGGAACCCCCCAGAUGAAAAGCCGGAUUUCAUCCACCGACGAAGACGAGGGCGACGACCAUGCCGCCUACCUCUGGUGGCGGUCGGCGGCGGGGUACGAGGAGUGCGCGCGGCUCGCCGGACAGCCGGAGGUGGCGGCGAGAGUCGCGAGCGGGCUGAGCCCGAGGGUGAGGGUGCUGAGGGAGAUGGAGAGGCUGGCGAUGGUGGCGCCGGAGGGGCUCGACGAGGUGAGGCAGAAGCUGUUCCUGUACCGGGCCGGCGACUUCUGGGUGCCGACUGGGGGGCUGAGCAAGGAGGAGAUGGACAUCCCGGCCACCAACACGGUGCUCCUGACGGGCUUCGCCGGCUCCGGCAAGAGCUCGCUCAUCAAUCUCAUGUACAGCGUGUUGGGCCGGGCCGGGCUUAUCCCGUUCGCUCAGACUUCGUGUGGGAAAUCUUCCAACUACACGACGAUGUAUCUCGAAGAGCACAACGUGGUGAGGUCGAUGCGGAGCGGCUUCUGCGUCUACGACUCGAGAGGCUUUGACUACGGCCGUGUUGGUGAGGCCUUGGAGGAGCUGUCCGAUUGGAUGACCGAAGGCGUUCACCACAACCAGCUCUGCUCCAGGCCGGGGGAUCGAGCUUCCUCAGAUGACGAAUCUGAGUUCUGUCCACCGAGGGCUUCUGCCAAGUUUGCGAAGAGGAGAGUGAAUUGCGUCAUGGUGGUCGUUAACAUAGCCGAGGUCCACGAAGCGAUGAAAGCUGGCGAUUUGCAGCCAUUAAGAGCGACCAAAGAGCUGUUCUCGGCCCCUGCUUUGAGAAAAUGCAAUGAGAGUCCCCUCUUGAUCCUGACGCACGGCGAUUUGCUAACGACCGAGGAGAGGAUCGAGGCCCGUCUCCAGAUAUGCGAAUGCCUCGGCAUAUCGGAGUCAAGCGGAGUCUAUGACCUCGUGUGCCUCACGGAGUACGGCUUUCUCGCAGAGGAGGCAGACCCCAUCACAGCCUAUACUCUGGCCGAAGCCGUCUAUCGGGCGUUGCUGAUUUCAGACAGAGACCACGUUCCUAAGAACAACUUCCGAGACUGGGUGUGCAUCGCGUUCUCGUGCCUGAUGUGGAUCUUCGGCGCCUUGUUUGGUUUCCUAGCCGUUAUCUGCAACAAGCUCGGGCAGCAACGAAAGGGGUUUAGGAUUUGAAGCGCUGGCAUAAGCAUUGUAGAUUCAUUCUCAGGUGUAGGAUUUAGCUGUGCUGAUGCUAACUGAGGUAGUUUGAUGUGCCUAGUUGAUUGACUGAUCUUUUUUCCUUCUUCUUUUGUCUCCCUUGUGAUUGUGAUGGAGAUGAGAAUGUAAUAAUGUCCCUGAAGAAUCUCGUAUUCGAAUAACGCGUUCAAUCUAAAUAGGGCGCUUAGAAAA